AUGCAAGGGUAAGAAGGAAUCUCUCAAAAUCUCAAAGAACUAAGUUAACAGGCUCAUGAAUUGAUGCUAUGGUUAGAUUGCGAUCGAGAGGGAGAAGCUAUCGCAUUUGAUCUCUUGGUUAGAAGAGCUCAUUUCUCAGCGUUGACCUAUGAAGAUACUUAAAAUGCAAUUAAAAAUUUGCAGACAGAAUAAGCCCUUUCAAAAACAGAAAUUUAGGAAAAGAUAUUAUAAAUUGAAGGUGAAAAUGCAAAAGUAGUAUCCGUCUCUAAAAAUCCUAAAUAUAAACCAAGACCAACUCCAUUGAACACUAUUGAAGCAUAGAAACUCAUAUCUAAUAAACUUGACAUGGCAUCUGAUAUAGCAAUGAUUAAGAUGGAAAGUCUUUAUUAAAAGGGACUAAUAAGUUACCCAAGAACAGAGACAAAUACUUAUCAUAGUUCAAUCAAUCUUAGAACCAUUGUUAAAGAGCUUAGUCAUAAUAAUAAAUAUAAUGAAUUUACUAGAUAAAUAUUGGAAUCUAAAAUGUGGGGCGGCCCAAGAAACGGAAACCUAGACGAUAAAGCGCAUCCUCCAAUUCAUCCAGUGAGACAUUACAAUCCUGAAAACUCUUAAUUUAAACUAGAUGCUCAAGAAGAGCAAGUUUAUGAUAUAAUCUGCAGACAUUUUCUAGCUUCUAUUUCAAAAGACGCAGUGGCUGAAGAAACUACUGUGAUUGUAUCACUAGAUAAUGAAACUUUUAAAGGAACUGGUCAAAUAGUAAAGUAGUCAAAUUAUUUAGAAAUAUACCACCUAGACUAAUGGGAGUCUGAUAAAUUCCCUGAAUUUCAAGAGGGACAAGCCCUUAAAAAAUUUUAGUUAGAGUUAAAAAGGAAUACUACAAAACCACCUUCAUAUUUAUCUGAAUCAGAUUUAAUUGAUAAAAUGGAUUAGCAUGGAAUAGGCACUGAUGCAACUAUUCAUGAACAUAUCAGGAAGAUUCAAGCAAGGGAAUAUGCUUAUAAGGUAAAGAAAUAUUUUAAGCCUACCACUUUAGGCCAGGCUUUAGUUCAAGCUUAUGAGAAAAUAGGUGUUGAGUUGUAUAAGCCUGACUUAAGAGCAGAUAUGGAGAAGAAAAUGAAACUUGUCUCAUUGGGAGAGUUGGAUAAAGAUACAUUUUUAAAGGAAACAAUGAAAUAAAUGGAAUAGGUAUACGAGAAGGUUGAAAAUCAAUAACCUCUAAUGAUUGAUUAAUUCACCUAAUCUUACAAACAUGCCUUUACAAGCAGAUAUUAUUAUGAUAAGAAGGAUCAAACUUUUAAGUUCAGGGGAGCUGAUGAUGAGUGCAAGAAAAAUGACAUGGUGAUGAGGCUAAGCAAUGAAGGUAAUCCAUUUAUUGCUUGCCUUGGAUUUCCUUAGUGCAGAAAUUGUUUCCCAUUACCUAAAGGUACAUCAAAUAUUGUUGCGACCAAUGAAAAAUGUUAAACAUGCGAAAGUUAAGGAAGAGAUUUCUAAAAAAUAAAGCUAUUUCUUAAUACCAAUAUGGUUACAGAUUAUAUUAAGCCGUACCUAACUCUUGAAAAAGAUUAAUAUAAUGGAGUUUUCUGUGCAUACUCAAAUAAGAAGGUCAAUAUAUUUUGCGAUUAAAAUUUCCAUACGGUUUACAAGUCUCUAAUUAAGAAAUACUCAUUUGAGUAAAAUAAGCUAGCAAAAUAAGAUAAUGAGGAGACCAGUUCAACUUCUCCUGAGAAAAAAUCUGCACUAAAAUUGAAACUCAGAUCACCAGCUGUUGUUAAGGCAGUGAAAUAAAUUGAAAAAGAGAUUAAAGUAGAAAAUAUAAAAAUUAAAAAAGAGAUUAAAGAAUGUCCAACAUGUGGAAAGAAAAGACAUACCAAGGAUAGCGAUUGCUCUGAAUAUUAGAAAAAGGAAACAAAGUCUAAAAAAUGA